AUGUCACCCUCCACCAUCGAACCCGGCCGCGGGCUAGAUGUUCUGGAUGAGCUGCCUAUUCGUAUGUACAGACAAAAUGCCGGCCCGGUCGCUGGGAACUCUGCUGGCAGACAUUCAGUAUAUCUUCCCACCACUGAGGUCACGAACACUAAUCGCCAGUAUGAUUGUCUUGUUCUACGAUCUGAAUUGGACUUCCAGACGAAAGAGACUAAAAGUCCAAAUAGAUCUGAGCCCCGAAUAAUGAUAUCUCAAGUUCCAAUUUGCGAUGAUAGGCAUUGGAAAAAGCCAUUAUGUCAUGACGAUGAUAGCGACGACUCUGACUAUUCUGUCUCGUCUUCUUUGGCAGAUGUGAUGUCACAGGUUUGGAAUGAAAACGAGAACUUGCAGCAGUUGCCACAUGAGUCCAGAGUGGGUUUCGAAGGACGUUUGUCUCAGCUGCCGUGCAAGAACCUUGAUGCUGUCACUAUUCAACUUAAGCAAGGAAAAGAGCACAAUGUCGCACCACACCCGGCCCUUGCAGGCAACUUAAGCACUAUAUGGCCAAGCUGCCCAGUAGAGAUGGACCAUGCACCUCUAAUAAUCAAGUGGGAACUGCAUCGUGUUGCACGCCAUUGCUCCGUUGUUUUGGAAAAUGCUUCCAUCCAGUACUCACCAUUGUGGGAAGAUCAAAGCGUAUUUCGAGAUGCUUUGAAGGGAAUCCCCUGUUUCCAGGGGAAAACUUUUCCAGAAGCGUGCGACACUGAGGUCUGGCUCAGAGGUUUGGCCGAUAGCUCCCACUCUGGGGAAGUCGUGGUCUUCAAGGCAGUCCUUCGUUUAGAUCCCAAGACUGGAGAUGCGAGACUCGAUUUCGAACUUCCAGCCUUGGAAAAAAGCUGCAGACUCAGUCGGAAAUUUGCUCCUGACAGAUUUAUCGAUCUAAAGCUACGAAUAGGGAAUCGAGCUAAAGCUGAAGCUGACAAUCUAGACCUAGCAUUAGCAAGAUGGUUAGUGCGCAGCCGCCAUCCAUUCCUUUCUCGCAAAUGGGCGGCGUUCUUUAUUGAUGAAUUCAAGUCGAAGAACGCAAAGGUGACACCAGCGUCGGAAUUCGCUGAAGAGCGACAAGUAAUUCUUUUUGCAGAACAAGGCCAAGGUAUCGAGUCAUCCACAAUGUUGAACUGGCUGUUACAAACUGAUCAAAACCUCGAUCAACCAUACAUGAAGCUCUUUCAUCGUAUCUCACAGGGUAUUCUAAGUCCUGGAUCGGUCUUGGUGGAUCUCAAAUGGAACUUCGUACUUGAAAAGAAGCAGCUGCGUAACUACUUGAUGGACGAAGAAUCGCCGACUGGCAAUGUCAUGAAUGACGGAAUUGGAAGAGUAUCUCUGGCUCUCAUGAGAAAGGUUCAGCAUGCCCUUGGGCUUGAUUACCUCCCAUCAGCUAUACAAGGGAGGAUAGGCAGUGCCAAAGGGAUCUGGGUUCUUGACAUAGGAACUCAACCAUCUCGGAUAUGGAUUGAGACAUACAAAUCUCAAGAGAAGUGGAAUUGCGAUUGGGAAGACCCUCAACACCGAACUCUGGAGAUCUUAACUCGAUCCGCUGGGCUGGAAAUAGCGCAGUUGAAUCAUCAAUUCAUCUCGAUUUUGGAAAGCCAAUCCGUCAACCGCCAACUCACUCGAACAGCAAUCGUCAAGCACAUGAAGAAUCAUCUUCAAAUGAGUUUAGACAGCGCUAAAGAAGCUAUGAAGCACCCAGAGCUGUUUAGAAAGUGGAUUCAUGAGACUUCCUAUCCUAGUUAUGGUGGGAAGGCCGAGUCCUGGUUCGUUGGGGGGCUGCCCAAGGGCUGGCCAGAACAAAUGAGCUUCCUUUCAGAUGGAGGAUUUAACCCCCUUCAGCUUGGGUUUUUACAUAACCUCGUCUUAAACCAUAUGGAGUCACAGCUGAAGGAGACGAAAAACAAGAUGAAGAUCAAGAUUAAUCAGUCGACUUGGGCGUUGAUCAUAGUGGAUUUCCAGCGAGUCCUUGGACCAGAUGAGGUUCAGUUGUGCUUCUCAAGCCCUUUCAACGAUGGCUUAGAAGACCGUUAUGACCUGGAAGGCUUCGAUGUCCUUGUUGCAAGAUGUCCUGCGCAUCUGCCAAGCGACAUCCAAAAAGUCAAGGCGGUUUUCAAGCCGGAGCUCCGCCACUUGAAAGACGUUAUCGUGUUCCCUUGUACAGGGCAAGAGCCGCUUGCCGACAAACUUUCAGGAGGUGACUACGAUGGUGAUAAAGCUUGGAUAUGCUGGGACAAGGACAUUGUCAAUAAUUUUCGAAAUGCCGAAGUACCCACAAAACCUUCCUUUGAUGGCUACUUCGAACCGAACAAGAGAACGGUUAAAUCUCUUAUCUCGAUGCACGGCCAGUCGAACUUUUUAGAUCACUUGUUGGAAGAGGCUUUUACAUUUCACCUCGCUCCUAAAUUUGUCGGCAUCUGUACGAAUUACAAGGAAAGGCUGGCAUACCACAAGGAUAGUCUGGAUGUCUCUUCUGUCCUGAAUAUGAGCUGGCUUCUAAGUACAUUGGUUGAUCAGACAAAGAGUGGGUUCAUGUUCAAUGACAAAAUUUGGCGACGAUUUCAGAAGGAAUACUGUGAAAAUCAGGUUUUCCUCAAACGACCGGCGUACAAGAAUGACAGUAUUGGGAGUAUCUCAGGACCGUGUCAUAUUCUGGAUUUCCUCAAAUUUACGAUGCAAGAGUUAAUACAGCAGGGGCUGACUGACCUUCACCGCUACCGAUCAGAUCAAAAUGGAAAUGGGGGCCCAUUGGUUCUAUCCACAUUUGAUAAAGAUCUCAUUUCUUAUUGGAAUGAAUUUGAAGCCGGGGCAAAGAACCUGAUCUGUGAACAAGAUCCAGCAUCAAACUGGCUGUUAGAACUACGGUCGAAUCUCGAAAGGGAUAUACACCAAUGCGCUUCAUGCUGGGUUGAAAUGAUGUCAGGUCCAGAUGGAAGAGAUCAUUAUUUGGACAAGGCCGCUUCCGUAUACGAAAGAUGGGAUUCUAUAUCACCACAGAUUACGACCAGGUCUGCUUCCGUAGGAUUUGGAAUCUGGGUUCUCACCAGACCAUUUACCCACUCGCCACUACUAGAAACUUGGCAACUUCUUAAAGCAAGUCUGACUUUCAAGUUAUAUCACAAGAAACCCAAGUUUGUAUGGCAAAUUGCAGGCCGUCAACUUCAGUUCAUCAAAUCUACCAGGACCAAGGCACCAAUUCCAGUUAUAUCAAGAACAUAUAAAGUGUUACGCCCAGAUGGAAAGCGAAUUGCCCAACAUUGUGUCAGCGAAGACGGAGUACUAGCGGAGAAUAUAUCGAUACCUGAUUGA